AUGGCUGCGACGAGCACCAUAUCUGGUGCACAUAACAGGCUUGUAGCAGAGUUGGAUGAGAAGGAGUUUGACGUGGUUGAAACUCAAAGCUUUGCCAACGAAGUGGCGUCUGCCAUAGCCAAGCUGAAGGAAAAGGACGUCAGGAUAGUGUUGGGAAAUUUCAACGAGACAUGGGCAAGAAGUAUUUUCUGCGAAGCUCACAAGUAA